AUGCAAGCUCUGCCGGAGCGCCUUCCUUUGAGGCAGCCUGAAUCUCUCAAAGAUGACAGUGCACGCUUCUCCGACCAUCUUGAUCUGUACAGGGAAAUCGACAGCAAACUCUAUGCCACCAGGGGUCUAAGAACAGCGGACUGGCGUAAAUGGAUAGGGUCUGUGGCAUUCGGUGCCGAGGCGCUCCCGCUGCCGCCCCUGGAGGAGCCCAAGCUAAAGCACUGCACGACCAUCACAUGCAGCGUGUGGAUGUUGAUGCAUGUGCUAGCAGAGGGGGCUAAGAGGCUUUCCGUUAAGGUCAACGCACAUCCCAAGUGCGGCCGCGGUGAGCUCUUCUUCAAGAGGAAAGGACAGGCGCUGCCGAUUUACCUUCUACAGCAGCAACAGGAGCAGCGAAGACCUGUCGAUCUUGAUAAAGUCAUUGACACCGCAUCUUUGUCAACUGAGGAGCUAAUCGAGCAGAACCCUUCCUUGGGCUGCAUGUCCGUACCCGCCUUCGAAGUGGCUUACACCAUUUACAAUUUCUUGCAGCGCUUUUUUGGUUGCAAUGCGUGUCGGCAGCACUUCACUUUGCUGUUUUCGGAGCGGAGCCACGGGUUGGAUGCUGUUUCGCCUCCUGCGGGAGACGGAGGUCCCCGCGCCAAGAGGGAGGGAGGUGCGCACAUCCGUUUGCCUCUUCCUGCGGAUGCACAGACGGAGGUCCCCGCGCCAAGAGGGAGCGACAGCUCUCUUCUUGAAGAUUUUAGAGGGCAGCGUGCGGACUCGAAUUACGCAUGGAAGAAUAGGCACCGGGAGGCCAUCAAGAUGGACGACCUCAAGCUGUGGCUAUGGAGGCUCCACAACGCGGUGACUGUACGCACAGCUGCUGAUACCACGCUUGCCUUCCUAAAGGGCGACGCCGGAGCCGUUAAUUAUGCCAAUUGCGACACGAGGUGGCCCCCGAGGGCCGCAUGCACCAGCUGUAGAGAUACUCCACCGCCAGAAACUGGCCUGGUUUCUAUACCGCUGCUACUAGCGAGAGAUGCAGACAAGGACAUUCUUGCAAUGGAGGAAGAAUUUGGAGAUUUCAACAGGGCACAUGUUUUAAGCUUCUUGAGGCAAAGUUAUUGGCCAGAUGACGUUGAGGACAUGAAAGUUUGA